GCCCCAUUUGCACAGAAGCUCCAGCAAUACAAUAAUUAUAUAAUUUAGCUCAAGAUUUUUCUUUCUCCAGCUUAUAUACACAAAAAUAAUUUUGUUUAUUAUAUAAAUAGUCUUGCUCUUACAAAGUGUUCAAUUGUUGUUGUCUCCUUAAUCAACAGGAAGAUGAAGUCAGUUUCAGGGAGAGAGCUAAUUGGGCAAGUGAACCCCAAGGACAUAGAUUUGAUAUCAGCUGUAAGAAGUUUGCACAGCUGUCAAGAUCUCAGUAAAGUAAUUAGGGACUCAGAUAAUGGUACUUCUGAGCUGAACUUUGAAAAUGGAUCAUCUAUACAGAUUGAUGUUGAAGUCGUUGCCAGAAUUCCUGCACACAUUUUAGCAAGGCUUGUACAGUCAGAACUUGACGAAGAGCUCCUAAAAUAUGUACUGGCUGGGAUCCGUCUUUUGCAUAGCCUGUAUGAUGCAGCUCUUCGGCAUCAUAAACUUGAGCAGAUACUGUUGGAUGACAUCCCCUUGUUGUCACAGUUGAUUGAAAUGAUCUUUCAUGUUCUUAUCCUGCUAAAUUGCUACACAGAGGAACAUCCAAAUUUAACUCCUAUUACGCUUUUGCGUUCUACAAUUGCAGCCAGCAGUCUUUUUCUUUUUGAAAAAGUCGUUUCGCCUUACCCUGCGGAGCUUGCUAAUGUUUUAGUUAGCCAUCCUAAGGUACACCGAUUUGUGGAUGCUGCUUUUGCUGUUGUUCGUGUUGAUAUUGAGGUUCUCCGUGUCGAGAUGCAAAGCAACAGUGCUGAUUCUUUGAGUCCUACAGCGGAAGAGUCAAUCAAGCAUCUUUGUGUGCAGUGUGAGGCUUCACUGAAGUUUCUGCAUUCAUUGUGUCAGCAAAACAAUUUCCGAGAUUGCCUCCUGAAACAUAAGGAAUUAUGUGAUGAAGCUGGCAUACUUUGCUUGGUCAGAUCUGUCUUGGACUUGGAUGUAACAGUAUUUGUUGGCGCAAAUUUUGUUGUAGGGGCUAUAUCUAGAAUGCAGUCCAAAGUUUUAGCUAUGCUGUUGUAUCUUUGUGAAUCAGAGAGCAUAUCUUACCUGGACGUGGUUGCUAGGACUCCUCAUAGCUUGAGUCUAGCCAAGUCUGUCGUAUUAAAGGUUCUUGGAUUACUUCGGAAACUACUUAAUGGACGCUAUAAAAUGCUAAGUUCUUGCAUGGACAGAGAUACUCCCAGGGGACUUUUGCAACUUAAUGCUUUGCGGCUUGUAGACAUAUUUUCAGAUGACUCAAAUUUUCAAUCUUACGUCAUGGAACACAUGACUGGGGUGUUGAUGACACUUUUUUCACUGAAACACCGAGAGUUUCUAUCUACUUGGUGUACAUCGGACCUUCAGGUUUGGGAAGAAGACGCUACACUGGAUUAUGACCCAUUUCUGGCUUCUGGAUGGGUUUUAAAUCUACUGUCACUGUCAAAUCCAUCAAACAUAACAAGUUCAGAGUACAACUUGAUCCCAAAUAACAUGCCACGAGCUUCCUAUGCACAUCAAAGAACAUCUUUACUGGUCAAAAUAAUUGCAAAUCUCCAUUGUUUCAUUCCACAUAUUUGCAAUGUUGAGAAGAAUUUUUUCUUGGACAAAUUUUUCCAAUGCUUACAAAGGAAAUUUGUUGACCUGUCUAAUAAAUCAUCCUCCGACCUUGCUGCUGAAAAAAUUGCAGCUAUUAGCAGGAAUUUUCGUUCCUUUUUAAGUCAUGCAGAAUCUUUGAUUCCUAGUUUCCUGGUUGAGGAGGAUAUGCAUCUUUUGAGGACAUUUGUCAGUCAGUUAGAACCGCUGAUGAGUAUGCUCGAGUUGGAAGUGAGUGAUAUUCAGGAGGCUCACAGCAUAGAUGGAAGCUCACCACCCUGCAUAAUAGAAGUUUUUUCAGAUCAAAUCAAUAGAACUAGUCACCUGAAAGAAGUUGCUGAAAAAACAUUAGCUCUUCAACAAUCAGAUCAAUCCAAUGUGGGCAUGGACAUUGAUCAAGCUAAUGACGAGUUGAGGGAAUAUAAGAGGAAAGGUAAAGAUAAAUCUGAUAAGGUUGAAGCUUGUGGUUUGAGAGAGAUAGAAGCUCAGAAUGUUGAAUCAAGUGGAUCUGAUUCCAGUUCUACACGAGUAAAGAAGUCCUUUGAUCAAAGCAAUGAUGUUCAAGAGGACCAGAAGAUUGCCGAUAUCAAAUUUUCAGAGAAGCAGCAAAGAAAACGGAAGCGAAACAUUAUGAAUGAUGUGCAGGCUGGCAUGAUUGAGAAUGCCCUCAUAGAUAUACCUGAUUUGCAUCGAAAUGCCCCUGCGCUUCAAUCAUGGGCUGAUCGAUUAAGCGAUCAUGGGUCUGAAGUGACAUCUUCUCAGCUGAAAAAUUGGCUGAACAAUCGAAAAGCCAAGCUCGCCCGUGUAGCUAAGGAUGCUUGUGGACUUUCGGAAGCGGACAGUGCUCAUAAUGACAAUCAAGGUGGAUCAGAAAUAAAGGUCCUCAGUGACUCGUCAGGGAAUCCUGUUGAGGAUCUCUAUGUCCCUUCUGCUCCCCGAGGAGGUCAACAAGAUGAAAGUGGGGGAGUUAUACCUAAGUCUGGUUGCAAUGAGAAUCACAGGAAUAUGGGUGCAGAAUUGGUUGAUAACACCCUCGUAGAAGGGCAAUAUGUUUUGGUUGUAGACGGGAAAGGAACAGAGAUUGGCAAAGGCAAGGUGUAUCAAGUACAUGGAAUAUGGAAUGGGAAAGUUUUGGAGGAACUAGGGACAUGUGUUGUGGAUAUUAUUGAGCUAAAGGGAGACAAAUUAAGAAAACUUCCACACCCAUAUGAAGAUACAGGAACCUCAUUCUAUAAUGCAGAGAAACAACAUGGGGUGAUCAGGGUGUUGUGGAAUUCUGAGAAACUGUUGGUUUUACAGAGGUGAUGGAUUUCAGGCACUUUAUCCUUGACAAGGGGCUGGUUGCCAGAGUGCGAGAUGUAGAGUCCAUAUGCCUGAAUUCCAAAGGGCAUUCACAAAACAGCGAGAGUGCGCUUGCAUCUUGUUUAGGAAAGUGAUUUACUAGUGAAUUGCUGAAUCGGAAAGUGAUUCCCUGGAUAAGAUUCCUGAACAGUCAAUAUCAGUCACAUUAGCAAACUCAGUAACAUAUGCAUUGCUUCGUCAAAGAACAUCCUGGUUGGCCUUCACUGUGCUUGACACAAAAGAAAUUCAUUGGUUUAACUGCUAGGAAAAAUGAGUGUCUAUAUCUGAAAUCACAGCGACUUUUGUAUUUUGCUUGCAUCAACUAGUAUUAUAUACAUCAACCUGCUGGAAAGACAGGGUUGCGUUUAGGUAGAAGUUAGUCGUAAAAGUCUAAAGUUUUUGUUCUGAUGAGCCUAAAGUUUAAAUAUAAAAUACAUUUCUUACUGGAAGCCCCGUAAAUUUAACUCCUGUUUAUAUUAUUAUCUAUUUCUGUUGAGGCA